AUGACCAUUGUCUCUGAAAAGGGUCAUUACCGCAUGAAGGCCUUCUUGCUAUGCCCUCUCACAGCUCAGGACAUGUUAGUCAGCUAUUAUGUCGGGGGCCGCCUUCGCCCGUUUCCUCCAUACCCCCUCUUCCGAACUUACCCCCAAAGCCAAGGCCUACACGCUUCGUACCUUAAAGUAGAUCUCGUCCACCACCUCGUGCGGGAGCACAUUGCCCUGCUUGCCCGAGACCGCCGGCUUGGUAGCGCCGCCGCCGCCGCACUGCUGCUGUUGCUGAGCCGCAGCAGCGGCCGCCUGGUGCUGCGGCUGCGAGUUGCCUGUCAGCGCGGGGCUGUUGUUAGCCAUGUUGCGGCGGAAGGAAGGAGGGAGGGAAGGAAGGAGGGGGGGGAGGGGGCCAAGCUCGAUCUCGCUCUUCGGGACAACGGUCUGGGACCCUACUCCAUGGAACGUCGUCGGGAGAAGGGGCCGCCUUGCUGUGCCCCAGCCGAGCAAGAGAGGGCACCCAGGGCGCCGACAAAAGGACCCAGGGCGGAGAGCAGACAGCGAAACCCAGUCCGCAAGAACUCCACAGAGAAGGCGAGCCGGCGGCAAGGGAGCUCGAUCUCUUCCGCCAACUGCCCCUGGGAACAAGAUGGCGGACCCGGCGGAUCUGACGCCACGCACCCCAGCGUUCCAAGCUGAACUGCCGGCCAAUCAGAGACGCCCAGGUGGGCUGGAGCGUCCUCCUCCUAGUUCCCCGCGUUCUCUGCACCCUGAAGUCGCUGCAGUGACCUCCCUAGCUGACUCUUAAGGGAUUUCCCCUGAGAAUUUGGGGGCCGGGGGAGGGGGUGGUAGGCUUUAUCCGUUGUUGUUGUAUUUUGACUGGGGGCUUGAUUUCUUUUGUCGAGAGCUGAACCAGAAAGGGUUCGCAUGGCUGCGAUGUGCUUGCUAAUAUCGUGACUCUUGACUCCUGCAGAGUAUCCGAGAGGGUCUCCUGGCGUCUGUUUUAAGAUUCUCUGGAAGGGACAAUGGUCAGGGACCCCACUCCUUCGGGAGAUUCUGAUCAAAGGUCAAGUCCUUCGCCAGCCUCUAGUGUCCAGCCAGAGGUCUUAAAUUUAUUGAACCGUAAGAUUGAGAUAACAUCUGCCUGGGCUGUUGAGAGCACUGAAAAAGCUAAUAAACUUGUAGCGCCUAGUAGACUGUUCCAGGCAUCAGGUAGGCGCCUUUUCUUUUCUCCCUGCUCCAGAUCUUUCGAUUCUAGGAAUGUGUUCGGAGUGGUAAACAUUGGGCGAGAUACUGUGAAAUGGGAAUGGGGGUGUGAAUGUGUGGGGAGUUUGAAUUUGCAAUCUUAACUUCAGUGGCGCAUACACAGAGGAGAGGAAAAGAAUGAGAUGGAAACUUUGGGGAAAAUCCCAUCUGGAUGAAUAAACCAGGAGGAGAGAGAGAAGACAAGCAGAAAAGUAGGUAAACCAAGAGACAGUUGUAUGACAGAAUACAAGGAAACAGAAAAAAAUAAGUAAUGAAUUGAGUGAUUGAUUAAUGUUUAGAGCUGUACAGUACAAAAGUGGUUUUCUGUCCGGUUCCUUUGUUUUAGGUUGCAAGAGAACUAGAACCCUAAGAGGAGAAGCAGUUUUCACCUUAGUAGCAAAUUCUGUUUUUCUCUAUAGUGGUUUUUAUUAACUUCCAAAGGAAAACUGAAGAUCCUAACCCCUGUGUCAUGAGUUAUCACGUUAAAAGUCCGUAGAAAAAAAUUUUUUUGAACCCAGUUCUUUUUGUGUAUAUAUUUUUUGCUUUGAUAAUAAUAGUUUAUUGAGUUUAUCGAGUGACACAUUGCCAAAUCGUAUGGCCUAUUUUUAAUUCCUCAGAUACAUGAUCUUUCUGUAUAGUCUUAAACAGUCUGUACCCCUAGUCACUUUGGAUGAAAAGCUUGGUAGAGAGGUUUGAGUUUGAUAUCUACGUGUCAGUGGCAUCAAACUCAGGGAGCCAGGUAUUAUGAUAAAGUGCUUAACGUAUUCAAUGAAUCCCUACAACAGGCUGAAGAUGUUAUUUUUAUCACCAUUUUAAAAAAUGUUUAUUCACUUGUAAAUUGAAGACCUCUACGCUGCACAUAUAUAAAGCUGUAAGUUUGGUUUGAUCAGUUUUGACAUAUAUGUAUACCCAUUAAACCAUUACUACAAUAAAAAUAAUCUUCCGUCAUUCCCAAAA